UCACCCAGAGCAGGGACCCACACCACAGCCUGCCCCAAUCCUUGGGGUGCCCAGCACCCUGCUCCUCUUGGAGCUGCCGGGAGACUCAGUUUCCCAUCUGGAAUGCUGCUGAGGGGUGGGAUGGCAGAGCUGGGGCUACCCUGAUUCUGCGGCAGGAGCAUCCCGUGCAUCCAGAGGCGGGGCCGGGCAGGCACAGCCCAGUCCUGUCCCCCUGGGAGCGAGCUGGCCUGGUCCUGGCAGCGCUGGGCUUUCACUGGGGGCUUCUCCUGCGCGGGGUUCGUGCCUUUGGGACAGCGUUUGUGUCUGGGAUGCUCAGCCACAGUGACACAGUGGCCGUGCCGCGGGUGGCAUUCUGGGUGUCACCUUUAGAGGGCUUGGGAACGCCUGUCAGCCUGGCGGUAGGGACAGCACCUCGCCGGGAUGUUCCCUUCCUUUGCCGGGGAAAACACCUCCCGUGGGAAUGUGGUACCCGCGGAACGAUGCUCGGGGCAGCCGGUGGCUCUCCUAGGUCAGGCUUUGCCCGCUGCCUCCGUGUCCCCCCGCGCCGCAGCCCUCGGGCUGUCACCGCGGGGACGGUGCGAUGCAGAGUGACAGGCGGGGACAGGGCUGCGGGGCCGCUGACAGCCCGGGUGUGAGGCCGGCUUGCACUCAGCCGCGUGUGUAAUCUGCUUACGGGGGCACCGACACAGCCCCGGGCUCUCGCUGCCGUAAAUCCCCGCUCCUGCCGGGAGUGCAGCCUGGGACGCCGGGAAAGUGGCCGAGCGACCCUGGAUCGCGCCUGAGCUGCUCUGAUGCAUCUCGACACGCAUCAAGGUGAAUCACCAUCCCUGGUGACCCCGAAGUGACAGCUGGGGAACCCUGACUGCCACCCACGGCUGCUCCUGGGGCACUGUUAACCCUUCACCUCCCAGGGAUGAGCCGGGAAAGCCGAGGCAGGAAUGCUGGAGCUCCUGCCUGAGACCUCUGUGGUGGGCAGUGUCCCUGCUUCUCCCAGGCCAGGGCUGGGUCCUUCCCAGCCAGGCCCAGCUCGAGGAAGAGCUUAAAGCCACGUGGGGAAGCUUUAAGUAUCAGGUGCAAAAGUGUGGGAAAACUGUGUUUCUGACCUCAAAUAGGCUGUGCAGCCCUGCUGGGGAAUGCUCCAGGUGGGCAGUGGGAGUGGACUGGGAUGGAGACGAAUUUCAUCCCGGGAUGGAGGGAGUUUUGUCCCAGGAUGAGUGGAUUUUUGUCCUGGGACAGUGGUGUUUCCAAAGACUGAGUGUCCUCCUGGGCUAUAGCCAAUCUGUGCAUUCAGCCCAGGGGUGCUGGUGCUGCUGGUGGUGAUGGUGGUGGUCUUGCAGCCCCCACCCAGGACCUCCCUUGGCCAGUGAUGGCUGGUCCUUGAAACCUCCCCGGCCGGGCAGGAGCUGGGUUUGGCUCUGCCCGGGGGUCCCUCACCCCUGCCGUGCCCCUCGCAGGGGCCGACUCUGGCUCCUGGGUGCCGCCCGGCGCGGAGCCUGCCCAGGGUGGAGUUAUGCUAAUGCUGCUCCCCAGCCCUCGGCGCAGCCGGUGCCACUCGGCAUCUUCUGCUGGCCACGGGCGACGCUGGCUGUGCCAUGGCCACCUGCCCCGAGCUGCAGCCUGGGCAAGAGAUAAAACGUUUCCUGAAGGAGGACUCGGACGAGGCUGAGCUGACGCAGUUCCUGCGGGAUUGCCCAGCAGCUGACAGCUCCCGGAAGGUGGAGGUCCCGGAGAGCCGGCGGGAGCCCGGCCACCCCCUGGGCAGCGUGGCCAGGGUCCCCCCAGACGAAGCCAGUGACGAGAGGGACACCAGGAUUUUCUCCCGCUCCCGGCCCUCGGAUUUCCAGCAGCACAUCGCCGCGCCCCCGCCCCCCAGCCCCAACCGCCCGCGGAGCCCCUGGGGACAGCUGGACCCCUACGACUCCUCCGAGGAUGACAAGGAGUACGUGGGCUUUGCCACGCUGCCCAACCAGGUGCAUCGCAAGUCGGUGAAGAAGGGCUUUGACUUCACCCUCAUGGUGGCAGGGGAAUCCGGGCUGGGCAAGUCCACCCUGGUCAACAGCCUCUUCCUGACGGACAUGUACAGGGACCGCAAGCUGCUCAACGCCGAAGAGCGCAUCACGCAGACGGUGGAGAUCACCAAGCACGUGGUGGACAUCGAGGAGAAGGGGGUCAAGCUGCGCCUGACCAUCGUGGACACGCCGGGCUUUGGGGACGCCGUCAACAACACCGAGUGCUGGAAGCCAGUGGCUGACUACAUCGACCAGCAGUUCGAGCAGUAUUUCCGUGACGAAAGUGGCCUCAACCGGAAAAACAUCCAGGACAACCGAGUGCACUGCUGUAUCUACUUCAUCUCGCCCUUUGGCCACGGGCUCCGGCCCCUGGACGUGGAGUUCAUGAGAGCUCUGCACCAGCGCGUGAACAUCGUGCCCGUGCUGGCCAAGGCUGACACCCUGACCCCCGCCGAGGUGGAGCGCAUGAAGAACAAGAUCCGGGAGGAGAUCGACCACUACGGCAUCCGCAUCUACCAAUUCCCUGAGUGCGACUCGGAUGAGGAUGAGGAGUUCAAGCUGCAGGACCAGGCACUGAAGGAGAGCAUCCCCUUCGCCGUUAUCGGCAGCAACACGGUGGUGGAGGCCAAGGGCCGGCGCGUCCGCGGGCGCCUCUACCCCUGGGGCAUCGUGGAAGUGGAGAACCCGUCCCACUGCGACUUCGUGAAGCUGCGGACGAUGCUGGUGAGGACGCACAUGCAGGACCUGAAGGAUGUGACACGGGAGACGCACUACGAGAACUACCGCACGCAGUGCAUCCAGAGCAUGACCCGCAUGGUGGUCAAGGAGCGCAACCGCAACAAGCUGACCCGGGAGAGCGGGACAGACUUCCCCAUCCCUGUGAUCCCCCCAGUGCCGGACGUGGAGACGGAGAAGCUCAUCCGGGAGAAGGAUGAGGAGCUGCGGCGGAUGCAGGAGAUGCUCCAGAAGAUCCAGAAGCAGAUGAAGGACUCGCACUAGCCCGUCCCUCCUCCUCCUCCCCCUCCUGGCCCCGAUCAGAAAUGUUUACAUCGCGCUCCACCCGCCCGGCCCCGCUGCCAGACUCGGUACCGACACCCACCCACCACCUUAAGCUGCGGCAUCGCCUUACGCAAGCACCCAGCGCCCGCGGGGACCAGGGCACAGCGAGGGGACACCAGGGCACAGCGAGGGCCAGGGCCUCUCCUGCCCCGCUCCUCUCCACUCACUGGGGACAGCUUGGUCCCCCAAGCUUUGGUUUCCCAUUCCUCCACAGCUCUGGGGAGGGCCCUGGCCAGCCUGGUCCCCACAGUGUGUCCCUUGUCCCCGUGUCACCCUGGGCUCCCUGCUUACAGCCUUUAUGCUCAGCUUGGCCCUGGCUUAAGGGAAGAGGAAAGGGGGGCACUGCUGCCAGCCCCCCAAAGGCCCCAGCUGCUGUGGGGGACGGGGCUGUUCCCCUGCCCUUGGCUGGCAUGGAGGGACAGCAGCUCCUGGGAACCACAGGGGACAGAGGGGAUGGACAGCCAAGGGACAGCUCCAUCCUGCUCCAUGCCAGCACCAGUGCAGGGGGACAGAAGCUUGUCAGUGUCCAGCCCUGUGUCCUUACCCUGUCCUCACUGAGUGACAGCAGGGCUGUGGCACAAGGAGCACUGGGGAAUCAAUGUUGCCAGGGAAAAUCCCUUGAACCCCAAAUCAGAGGCUGGGCACCCCAGCCUGCCGUGAUGUUGGCCCUGUAAAGCAAUAAUGAGUGUCCUCUGCCCGUGGCACCUCUCACCCCAUGGCAACAGCACCGGCCCUGGCUGGAAUUUCAGCCCCUGCUGCCACUUGCUUUUCUGUGGUGUCCUGUGUGCCCAGGAUGUCCUUGUCCCUGCUGCUUCUUGGCACAGCAGCCCCGUGUAUUCUCCAAGGAUGUACCCAUCUGUGCUGCUUCCCAGCGAAGCGCUGCUGCGUGUCCCCAUGUCCCCCACGGUGUCCCCAUGUUCCCCACCGUGUCCCACUUGGUUUUGCUGCCCUACAGAGCACUGCAGCUUCUCCCCCCUGCUCAGACUGUCCCCAUCUGUGUUGCUUUCCCACAGAGCUGUGUUGCAUCUGUGUGUGCCCCUGGGAUGUCCCCAGCCAUGUCACCACCCUGCAGGGCUCUGUGUAGUGUCCCUGUGUCCCCAGGGAUGUCCCCAGCUGUGUUGCUUCCUGCAGAGCCCCACUGUGUGUCCCCAGGGCCGCCUCUCGCAGCAUCCCUGGGGAGAUGGGUCCAAACCCCUCCUGGGUCUGGGAAAGCCCGCAGGGCAUGGUGAGGAUGCAGGCAGGACUGGGAGCAGUGGGAGCUGGCUGCCGUGGGGAUGUCCUGUCCCCAUCAGGGCCCCGAGCUGGGGCGUGGCUGGCAGGGGCUGUGCCCGGCCGGGGUCAGGGCUGCAGGGUGCCCGGGCAGCACCCAGCCUGUGCCCCCCGUGUCCCCGUGCCAGCGGGGGUCCCGUGGCCCCCGUGGGCAGGGUCCCCCCGGGCAGGGCCCUGCAGGGAAUAUUUAGUGCUUUCCUUUUUUUAAUCUUGCUAUUUUCUUACAGAAGCCCCUCCCCUGGCAUGACGGUCCUAGAGGCGUUUAUUAACGGAUCAGAGAGUAUAGGUUUAUAAAUUCUUAUAGAGUAGUGGAAAUAUUUUUAUCCCUCCACAACCGUUCUCAAUAAAUACGGCUGACCUGGCUU